GAACCGGUACUCAUGCCCGGGAAUCGAGAAAGCAGUAAAAUAUUCACCUGAGAGCGUCAGAGAGGUUUGUUUGGAAGAAAGUCUCCCCAGCUGCGGCUCGAUCCAUGUGAAAGGAAAGGUUGUUUGCUGAGAGAUGAACGAGAGCAGACCGGCCAAUGAGAGUGGUGCGGGAGUGCCACUGUCCUCGUGGGUGGAAUCCGAAACCUUUGAGGGCAACGAGAGCCUUACGCUCUCCUCAACAACCCUGGAGUUCCACAUGAACCCGUGGGACAUCAUGUUGUGCCUCUCCGGUACCGUUAUCGCCUGUGAGAACGCCAUCGUGGUGGCCAUCAUCUUCUACACGCCGACCUUGAGGAAUCCCAUGUUCAUUCUGAUCGGCAGCCUCGCGACCGCCGACCUUCUCGCUGGAAUGGGAUUAAUUCUGAACUUUGCGUUCCAGUAUCUGAUCUCCUCCGAGACCAUCAGCCUUAUCACGGUCGGCUUCCUGGUGGCCUCUUUCACUGCCUCCAUCAGCAGCCUCCUCGCCAUCACUGUUGACCGCUACCUGUCCCUCUACAACGCCUUGACGUACUUCUCUGAAAAGACGCUGCAUUAUGUGCACAUGAUGUUGGUGUGCACGUGGGGCGCGUCGCUAUGCUUGGGGUUGCUGCCUGUGUUGGGAUGGAACUGCUUAGAUGAUGCAACCACCUGCAGCAUCGUUCGGCCCCUAAAGCGCACCAACUUAACUGUCCUCGCCAUUUCGUUCUUCUUCAUUUUCGCUCUUAUGCUCAGUCUUUACUUCAAGAUAUGUAAAAUAGUGUGCCAUCAUGCACAUCAGAUCGCUCUCCAGCAACAUUUUUUCACCACAUCGCACUACGUUGCCACUAAGAAGGGCAUCUCCACGCUCGCCAUCAUCUUGGGAACAUUUGGGGCAAGUUGGUUGCCCUUCGCCAUAUACUGUUUGGUCGGGGAACGUGAGUAUCCGUCAGUAUACACGUACGCAACGCUACUCCCUGCCACCUACAACUCCAUGAUCAAUCCGAUUAUUUAUGCCUACCGGAACACAGAGAUCCAACGCUCCAUCUACAUACUCUUCUGCGGCUGUUUUAAGACCAGUGGCUUGAAUCGCUCCAGAUCACCCAGUGAGGUGUAGAUCGGUUCCUCUUGCUUUUUUACAUGUUGCUUGUACGUGUAAAAGUUUAAUCUGGCGCUCUAAGUGUCUGUUGCGCAAUUGCACUUUAUAAAGACUCUGGACCACGAACAGUGUCUCAAAAAUGCUGUGAACAACACAAACCUGCGACACACGCAACAACCCGCAUCAAGACUGUAUAUAUUAUUUAUACUGAAAUGUUGCACUUUACUGUACAAUUCUAAACGCCAAAGCAGUAUUGCAUAGGGCUGC